UGUUUUUGUCAUCUUCCUUUUGUCUCUCCUGGCGACUCUGGAGCUCUACCGCGAAUGAAAUGAUGUCUUUACCUUUAUCGCUAAUGGGAAAAGCUUUUGGAUGGUGUACAAAAGUAAUACCCCCAUUCUGGUCCUAUUGACUGUGAGGAUUGGUGCAGUUUUGAGCACGCUUCUUGCUGAUACUACCUUGAUAUGGCGCUGCGGAUUGUUAUGGGCUAACCGAUGCCAUAUUGUCAUAUAUAUCGUUGGGGUGUUCAUCGCGACUGGCACGAUGAUGUUGGGUCUCGUCGUCCCUCUUGCUAUGCAUGAAGUCCAACCAGUCAUUGGGAUCGGUGAGUGGGUCGUGGUGUAUGGUGCGCCAGAGUACCUCUCGUUCCUCCGACGCCUUCCUGUCGUCAUAACGUUGCUUGCCGAGGAGCGUCAGAAGGAACCACCUGUCCCACUCACGAGCAUUGAGUGUCGGUGUGUCGUCUGGAGCCUCGCCGGGAACGUAGGAGUCAUCGUUCAGAAUGGAGAGCACACGUCGACGCGAAUCGAAGGGAUGUAUAGGUGGCGCAGAGCUCGGUACGACAUCAAUAUUAUUCCUCCAGACCAUAACUUGCUCGGUGACCUUCAUAUGAUUGUUCUACUGCCAAUGAGCUCUCCAGUUUCUGUACCAGUACACUGCACUCACCAGAAUCUCCCUCGCAGACAAACAGCAUCACAUCCCUCUCGCUCAGAGGAGUCUCCAUAGCCCUGUCCCUCAAAGCUACAACAUUCUCGAAUCCUAAGACCUCGAUCUGCAAUGUGGCGAUCGGUGAAGACUCCUCGGUAUAUGCGAUCGUACUCACUAGGGUAUAGGUCCAAUCUCGGACCUCCGAUACUGGUG